UGAAUGCAUCACGGUCUCAGAGUAGUUCCGCAGAGCAUUCACCGCUGUUUGACUGAUCCCGUGUGCACCUUUGCAGAAUCAUUAUGGACUGAUGUGUGUUGCAGCUGUGGGGUGAAAGUAAGAAUCAACGCUUACACUGGAGUGCUACAGUACAGAGAAUAGAGAGAAAUAAAUGGCAGUCACCACCAGGAAGUUUAGCUAAAGAUCACGAUAUGGACAUUCAGGAAACACAGUUUGAGGAUCCUGCUCCAUCAAAACAAAGGAGAAUCAUUCACUUUUCUAGUGGUGAAACUCUGGAGCUGGAAGACAGUGAUGAAGAGGACAAAGAGGAACAGUUCUCAAGUACACCUCCUUUCACAGAAUCUUCAGAUAAGGCCAGGUUUUCAUUUCGGACUUUGGCCAUACUAGUUGGGAGGAUGUCACUGCUAACUUGUGAUUUUCUUGGAGAGAGGCUAGCUGGUGUACUUGGACUAAAUGCAGCAAAAUACCAGUAUGCCAUAGAUCGGUAUCAUCACGAUCACAAGGAAAAAAGUGGUCAUGCCAAAGAUGACCUUACUGAGGGACGGGCAGAGAGAACCAACCUUUCAAAUGUACAGGCCAGGAAUCAUUAUGGAGCCACAAGAGAUGCGGGAUGCUCCACUGAUUGUGUAGAGAAACACAGAAAAGACCACAAGGGGGAAGGUUACCACAACAAGGGUUAUCAGGUGGAUGAGGAUUGGAAAUAGAAAUCCGUAGGUGGGCUAUGGUUUAUGGUCAGUGAUCAACAAAAUGAGCUUACAAAGUAUUUCUAAGCUGUAUGUGUACUAUUGUAAUGCUAUAACUGUUGAAAUAAACUGCACCCCAAAUAA